AUGAGACACACACUCAUUUCGAACGCGGUCGUUUCGGGCCUGGCCAUAGGUGCCCAGGCUUCUAGCUCGGCUCUCGUCAACCGCGAUUUGGCGUCGGAGAUCUGGGAUGAUAUCAAGGAAGCAGCUACUUGCACAGGGUGCCAGGUUAUACUAGCAGCCCUGAAAGGUCUUUCUGAUCUGGGAACAACCGUCUUGGUCGAUACUCUGACCGAAGUGUGUAAACUUAGUGGAGCGGAAGACGACGAUGUCUGCGAAGGCAUCAUCUCCCGUGAAGGCCCCGUGCUGCAAUACAUCUUGUCCCAACUAUCUCUUGGGUCAGAAACAUCAGACGCUCUCUGCGCCAGCGCCUUUGGCCUCUGCUCCUAUCCUGACGUUCGAAACUACACCCUCACAUUCCCUUCUACCAAACCAGAACAUAGUACGCGCCCGUCAUCAAGUGGGCAAGCUCCAAUUCAGGUCGUCCACUUCAGUGACACGCACGUUGAUCUGUCCUAUGAGACGGGCUCAAACUGGAACUGCACAAAGCCAAUCUGCUGUCGUUCAUUCGAUUCUUCCGAUGCACCUGGAAAUACGACAACUCCGUGCGGCCCAUAUGGAAACACUAAAUGUGAUACACCGCUUAGUUUGGAGGAGAGCAUGUUUGACUCUAUCAAGAGUCUAAGUCCUGCUCCCGCCUUCUCCAUUUACACUGGCGAUGUUGUCGCCCACGAUGUCUGGAUUGUCGAUGAAGAUGAAGUACUUACUGAUCUGAAUGCGACGUAUAAUUUGAUGGCAGAAGUUGGUACUGUCUACGCAGCUAUCGGAAACCACGACACAGCACCAUUAAAUGAUCUGCCGACAUCCCAGGUGCCCAGCAAAUAUAGCGCCAACUGGACAUACCAGGCACUGGCCACCAAUUUCACUACUCUUAGCGGAGACUCGUCCAUCAUGUCGGUUGCUGAGAACUAUGGGUCUUACUCAUCUGUUUUCGCUGGUAGCCACGGAAUAGACCUCAAAGUCAUCUCCUACAAUAGUAUCUUCUAUUAUGUUGACAACUUUUACGCCUUCCUUGACCCCAUGCCCUACGACCCAGAUGGACAACUGGCCUGGUUGAUCGACGAGCUCCAGGCAGCAGAAAGUGCGGGCCAGCGCGUCUGGCUCAUUGCGCAUGUUCCCACGGGCUCGUCUGAUCAUUUCCACGAUUAUUCUCACUAUUUCGAUCAGAUUGUUCAGCGAUAUGAUGCAACAAUUGCUGCUCUGUUCUUUGGGCACACCCAUACCGACCAGUUUCAAAUUUCCUAUUCUGACUACUCUAACCAAAACUCCGAUACAGCAACGGCAAUCGGAUACAUCAUGCCUUCUCUGACUCCAACUUCUGGUCCACCAGCAUACCGCGUAUAUGAUAUCGACCCGGUGACCUUUGGGGUACUCGACUUCACCGUCUACAUCGCCAAUAUCAGUGAUCCUGACUACCAAAAUGGACCAACAUGGGCAAAAUACUAUUCUGCCAAGGAAACAUACGGCACCCUGUUGUCACCUGCAGUCACCGACUCAUCUGCUGAAUUGACCCCUGCGUUCUGGCACAAUGUCACCACCGUUUUCGAGACCGAUGACACCUCCUUCCAGGGGUACUGGGCUCGCCAGACUCGAGGCUAUGAUGUAUCGAAUUGCACCGAUUCGUCGUGCAAAAACCAAACAAUAUGUGCCCUACGUGCAGCAGACGCUCAGUAUAACUGUGUCGUGCCGACCGUUGGUUUCAAUUUUGCGAAACGUGACGAAACUGACCAGGCUCAUGUAAAGGCGCAGAAAGAGAAAUGCGAUGACACUGGCUUGGUCUCGCUACUAGGGAAGAUUAUCUCGAGCAGUCAAAAUGUAUCAAAUUGA